UUUUGUUCAGUGAAUUCCAGACAUUCAUUCGCAAGAUGGAAGAUGCUAACUUAGACCAGAGUGGGCUAGCGACUAGGGGCGAAGUGAGAGCCAUUGUGGAGGAAGUCCAGCGACAACGUGAACUUCAGAACCAGCAUACCCAGGUUCUUCAAUCUCUAGCUGGCGAGCUGCGAACGAUCCGAGAACUUCUGACGCCUACAGCUUCAGACACUUCGGAAUCUCCUUCGCCUGUCUUGGACAGAGCUGUGGGUGCACCACCCAUUCUGAGGACCUACCCUACGGAAUCACGGGCGACUUGUGGUCAUGACAACCCUGGUGCUGUCCCCCAACCCCUGGGACCAUCCUUGAGUGCUAGCGUGGCAGAGUGGCAGGAGGCGACGCUGUCUUUAAUAGCGAAGUGCAGCGCUUCCAAUUCUGAGGCUCCUACUUAUCGGAAUGCUGUUCGGGAUCAUCCAGCGAGGUUCUUGAAGGCGUUAGAGGAUCACUUCAGCUUGACUCAUACUCCGAAGUCAGAACAUCUUAACCUUGCCAAAUCCAGGUUACACGGUUCUGCCAGAGAUUGGGUGGAAUUCCACUCCGAUGGUUGGUCCACCUAUGACGAUUUCAAACGGGAGUUCUUAGCUGCUUUUUGGUCUAUGGAUCAACAACAUGAAGAACGACGGCGCCUAGGCAUGAGGAAGUACCGAGCUACACAGGACGGAGACAUGGCGAUCCACUUUCUCCGCCAAGUCAAUUGUUAUCGUAUGUUCUCGCCACCUUUGUCACAGGGCACGAUGCUGCGAGAAAUAAUUGAACAGUACGAUGCAUCUGUUCAGUCACUGUGGGCCUCAUUGGACAACCCAACGCUGGCUGACACUAUAGCAUUUUUGGAAAGGCAGGACAACAUCAUAAAAGAACCCUGAGGACAUCUGUGACACUUAAUGACGUCGUUAUCCAUUCUCUGGACAGUAGGGAUGCUGCCAUUUCUGGAACGCCAGAAAGGUUGAACCAACUCUUUUCGUCCAGACCCAACAGAAGUACCUCAACUGUGGCAGAUGAACCUACUUCGAUAUUCGUAAGCCGUCAGUAUCCAGGAUGGCCAAGGAGUGAGUAUGCAGUCAUGGUGUGGCCAGCGACAAAUGCUACCACUGACCGGAGAAUUGGGGAUACUGAUCCAGAUAAGGUAUAGAUGUUGAAGCUCCAACUCUCCUCGCAUGGUGCUCCUCGAGUCGAACCUUCAAAGGGGCGACUGUAGUGGACUGCUUUUUUUUUCAAUAUUGACAUAACGACUGCCCUCUAGUGGACUUCAUCAAAGACCACCAGUAAGAAGGAAUGUUAGAGAAGGUUUUCUGUACUAGCUGUUGAAUUGUAAGGGGAGAUGGCGCAAGCGUUAAGAACCCUCUGGAAGACGCUCUUUUUCAAGUAGGUACUUGAGAUCGAAAAGGCAAGAAAUUCCUAAUGAAGAAGGGAUUCAUUAAGCGUCCUUUCUUGAAACGAGUUAAACCGGUUUUUCCUGUUAGUUAGUUUUUUUUCUGUAGUGAAUUUUUGAGUAAGACAAAGCUUGUUUUUUUUUUUAUUUUGUUCAGUGAAUUCCAGACGUAAGUUACCACACAUUUCAUUAUUACCGUUUCUUAUUUAAUUAAUUUGAAGGUUUUAUUGCGAAUAUGCGGUUUUGGGUACUUGAUGCAUCAUAUUAGUUUUCAUUGUUAAAGUAUUUCGUUAAUUACUCGAGGGCCAAUUCCGUCCGUCUCUAUUUUAUGUGCUUCACACACAAUAUAACUCAUUUUCUUUAUUGUAGAUAAUAACGUACUUUCUGAGUUUUUCUUUCUUUGAACACGUCAUAGGGACGCCAGACGCCAUUUUGGACGCUACCCCUUUUUGCUUCCAAUUCUAUUCCAUUUAUGAUUUGAGGGCUAGUUAUUAUAAUAAACUUGUUUCAUGGUGGAUGCGCUUGUGUUAUAUAAUAUUCAUAAUAUUAAUUUCUUAAUUUCUACCUAUUUUUUGUACUUAUCUUAUGAAUACGUGUAAAUGUCACUGAAGCGUCCCCAAGCCAAGCCAAUGAUUCGAUUACUUAGGUACGACCAACAGGGUAAAUACUGUAAUUGCAUUAAGGACCCUUAAUUAUCAUUUAUCCUUUUCUUUUAUUAUUAUUAUUUUUCUCUUCACUGGUGGAGUUGGUCAAUACAGGACAUAUUUGAACGUGAUAGCCAGGAACGGAAAUAAUUCAUAUUUGUGUUACGGGACAAACAUACAACUUUUGUGGAUUUUGCCCUUCCUAGUAUCCUGCAGGCCGGGUACCCUUGUACCUGCGUCGAUUUCUGAGGCCGGAUGCCCUUGCAGCUGCGUCUCUCUCCCCUGAGGCCGGGUACCGUUGUAACUGCGUCUCU